AUGGCUCCUCCUGGAUAUCGAUUGAGAGCAUUAUCGCUUUCCCCAGUCUUCUCCUUCCUCAUCCUUCCCUUUCUGCUCUUCUUCCUCAGCUUCCCGGCUCCUACCUCCGCUGCUGGAUCGGCAGUUCUCGGUGUCGACGUAGGUACCGAGUAUAUCAAGGCCGCGCUCGUCAAACCCGGCAUUCCGCUUGAGAUUGUCCUCACCAAAGACUCGAAACGAAAGGAGUCGGCAGCUGUUGCGUUCAAACCCACAAGAGAAAGCAAUGCUCCAUUCCCUGAGAGAUUCUACGGUGGUGACGCCCUAGCUCUGGCGGCCCGUUAUCCCGACGAUGUUUACGCAAACCUCAAGGCCUUGCUCGGAGUUCGUUUUGAGAAUGGUGACAAUGAGAUGGUUAAGACAUAUCAUAGCCGAUAUCCCGCCUUGAGAUUGGAAGCUGCCCCUGGUGAGCGUGGUACGGUUGGACUGCGCAGCAAUAGGCUGGGUGAGGCUGACAGAAAGGAUGCGUUCCUUGUUGAGGAGCUCUUAGCCAUGCAGCUGAAGCAGAUCAAGGGUAAUGCCGACAGUCUGGCCGGAAAGGGAUCUGAUGUUAGGGACGUGAUAAUUACAUAUCCCUCGUUCUACACCGCUGAAGAAAAGAGAAGCUUAGAGCUGGCAGCGGAAUUGGCAGGUUUGAAAGUGGACGCUCUUAUCAGUGAUAACCUUGCUGUCGGUCUGAACUACGCCACCAGCCGUACUUUCCCCAGCGUCUCCGAUGGCCAGAAACCCGAGUAUCAUAUUAUCUAUGACAUGGGAGCCGGAUCCACCACGACAAGUGUCAUACGCUUCCAAAGUCGUGCAGUGAAGGACGUUGGGAAAUUCAACAAGACUGUACAGGAAGUUCAGGUCUUGGGAACCGGCUGGGACAGGACACUUGGAGGAGAUUCUCUGAAUGAUCUUAUCGUGCAGGAUAUGGUCGCAAAUCUAGCCGAGCAUAAGAAAUUGAACGGGCGCGCAACUUCCGCUGAAAUCCAGGCGCAUGGUAAAACCAUGGCAAGGCUUUGGAAGGACGCCGAGAAGGUUCGCCAAGUGCUGAGCGCUAACACCGAGACGGGCGCCAGUUUUGAGAGUCUUUAUGAGGAAGAUUUGAAUUUCAAAUAUCGUAUCACUCGAUCCAAAUUCGAGGAGCUUGCUGCGGAUCACAUCGCUCGUAUCGGAGGACCUAUUGAGCGAUCUCUGGCCGCGGCUGGGCUACAGCUCAGUGACAUUGACUCUAUUAUUCUCCACGGUGGCGCUAUCCGCACACCAUUCGUACAGAAGGAGCUCGAACGCAUCGCUGGAUCUUCUGAUAAGAUCAGAACAAGCGUGAACGCUGAUGAGGCAGCGGUCUUUGGUGCUGCAUUCAAGGGAGCUGCUCUGAGCCCCAGUUUCCGCGUCAAAGAUAUUAGAGCCAGCGAUGUCUCGAGUUACGCUGUUUUGCUCAAGUGGCCCUCAGAGACCAAGGAAAGACAGCAGAAGCUCUUUACUCCGACUUCCCAAGUUGGUCCCGAGAAACAGGUUACAAUGAAGAAUCUGGAUGAUUUUGAGUUCAGCUUCUAUCAACAAAUUCCCACAGGCGAUGAGGUCGUCGAGUCGCCGGUUCUCCGUGUGCAGACUCAGAAUCUAACUGCUUCUGUCGCCCAGCUGAAAGAGAAGUUCGGUUGCUCGCCAGCCAAUAUCACUACCAAGUUUUCCAUGCGUCUCAGUCCUGUUGAUGGACUCCCUGAAGUUACGGGUGGAUCCGUUAGCUGUGAAGUCGAGAGCGUAAAGAAGGGAAGCGUCGUUGAAGAUGUGAAGGGUUUCUUCGGGCUUGGGUCCAAGAAGGAUGAACAGGCACCGCUCGGUGAAGAAGGAGAACCCACAGAGUCAAUUACGCUGGAAGCAGAAGAACCCCAAGUUUCGACAACAUCCUCUGCUGCCGAAGCUUCCACAACGUCCGCCAAGGAGACCAAAAAGGCUGCACCGCAGAUCAAAGUGGAACUGAUUCCCGUUAGCUUCAUGACGUCGCCCCUUGGAACUCCCGCGCCGUCGGAUAGUGAAAUGACUCGUAUUCAGACCCGUCUUUCUGCCUUCGAUGCUUCGGACCGCGAUCGUAUUCUGCGUGAGGAGGCUCUUAAUGAAUUGGAGUCUUUUAUCUACCGGAGCCGGGAUCUGGCUGACGAUGAGGAUUUUGUCAAAGCGCUCAAAGCCGAUCAGCUGGCCGAGCUCCAGGAGAAAACCGCCUCUGCCAGCGACUGGCUCUAUGGCGAUGGUGCUGACGCUACAACAUCCGAGUUCCGGGCCAAACUUAAGUCUCUGAAGGAUAUCGUCAACCCCGCUCUGAAGAGAAAACAGGAGAAUGCGAAUCGGCCGGCUCGGGUUCAGCUUCUUCAAGACUUGUUGAAGAACUCGAAAACCAUUGUAGACAUUUUGCAGAAGCAGAUUGAACAAGACGAAGAACUCUACUCCUCGAGUCUCUCUAGUGCAACAUCCACCCAAUCCACGGAGAGCUCAUCUUCCACUACCUCGACAGCAUCUUCCAGCGAGUCAUCUUCGACGACCGCCGAUCCUCUCGACGAUCUCGAGAAGGACCCCUACACAACAUCCACAUCCGAGACCACCUCGACUACCACAACCCCUAAACCCACCGGUCCGAAGUACUCAAUCUUCCAACCCUCCGACCUCUCCAGCCUCACCAAGAUCUAUGAGUCCACAAAUACCUGGCUCGAAACCCAGCUCGCCCUCCAGGAGAAGCUGACCGAGUCCGAUGACCCGGCUUUGACAGUCGCAGAGAUUGACACCCGUCUCAAGGAGCUGGAGCGGACCAUGAACCGCAUCUACGAGAAGAUGGGCGCAGCCGCAGCCAGGUCUGGUAAAUCACCCGGAGACCAGUCGAAGGAGAACGGCAAGGGUAAUGCCCAGAAGCCCAAGAAGGACAAGGGGAAGAAGGAGAAGGCCGAGAAGGCCAAGGCUCCUCCCAAGGACGAACUGUAA